GGUCUCUGCCCGCAGGUGCCCGAGCUGGAGAAAGCCACGGUCCGGAUACAGCAGCCGGAGCGUGUGAUGGGGGUAAUCGGGGCCAUCAAGGAGCAGGGCACGAAGAAGCUCCAGGUCAUUUCUGACUUCGACAUGACGCUGAGCAGGUUCGGGUGCAACGGCAGACGCUGCCCCACUUCGCACAAUAUCCUCGAUAACAGUCAUGUUAUCAGUGAGGACAGCAAGAAGGAGCUGAAAGAUCUGCUGCACUAUUACUAUCCCAUUGAAAUCGAUCCCAACCGGACCCUGGAAGAGAAAUGUCCCCUCAUGGUGGAGUGGUGGACCAGGGCCCAUGAGCUGCUGACGCAGCAGAAGAUCCGGAAGGGUGACAUAGCCCAGAUAGUCAGAGAAUCGGACGUGAUGCUGAGGGAUGGAUUCAAUGAAUUAUUUGAUCAGCUGCAUAAGUACAACGUCCCCCUGUUCAUCUUCUCUGCUGGCGUCGGUGAUAUCGUUGAAGAGAUUAUCCGUCAGGCCAACGUCUUCUACUCAAACGUCAACGUGGUGUCCAACUACAUGGACUUCGACGAUAAUGGAGUCCUCACACAUUUCAAGGGACCUCUCAUCCACACCUACAACAAGAACAACAGCAUCCUGCAGGGUACGGAGUAUUUCCAGCAGCUGAGCACUCGGACGAGCAUCAUCUUGCUGGGGGACUCCAUGGGUGAUGUGACGAUGGCAGACGGCAUCCCUAGUGUAGAGAACAUCCUCAAGAUUGGCUUUCUCAACGACAAGGUGGAAGAGCGGAGGGGAAAGUACCUGGAUGCCUCCGACAUCGUGCUGGAGAGCGACGAGACGCUGGAUGUGGUCAAUGGGAUUCUCCGGUACAUCCUUAUCGAGACGUGAGCUGGGAAGGCGGCGUCCCAGCUCCAGCCCCCCAGCAAGGCGCCUGGGCAGUCGGUGACCUUCCCUUGACAAAGCUGGAGUGGAUCUUCUGGAACCCGCUGGACUCCAUCCUGAC